AUGAUUGAAUUGUUGAUGGGAGAUCAAAUUUGGAGGCUCCGAAAUCAGAUUGAAAAAUUAAGAAUGUACUUUAUAUUUUCUUUUUUUCUAGAAAUCCAAGAGAAAGUCCAAGGGAAUAAAAAUAACAGAAAAUAAAUAUGAAUGAUAGAUUUCCUAGAUCAGAGAACAAUAUUUAAAUAUUAUAUAAUAAAAAUUAUUAAAGAAUAUAUAAUGCAGAAAAACAAUUGAAUAAGAACAGAAAGUUAAGAAAAAUCAUUAAUAUAAUUAAUUAUUAUUAUUAAUAUUAAUUAGUGUAAACAAAAUUGAUUAACUUGAAUAAAUUCUCGACUGAAUGA